ACGAUCCCAUCUUCGCAAGUGUCGCAAGCCGAACUUAAAACGGAUUAAAAGUAACACACACGAGGGACAACCUUGUCACGGUCUUUCGGGAAUCGGAACAGCUGUUUCCCAAUGCUGGUUGAGUUGGAGCAGUUCGGAGCAGAGCAGCCUCCCAUUGCACACAGUGAAACACAGCGCAGAGUCCGUGGACGCGAUUUAGAACACACUAAAUAUUAAAAACGGGUCACCUUUUAGCAUCAAUAUCCAACUCGAACCUCUAUACAUGGAACUAUUUGAUUACAAACGAAUGUUUCUGACUUCAUUAGAGCCAAAAUGGAGAACCUCUGCUCGAUGGGUGGAUGGAUGACGUAGAGUCUGUAGCAGUCCAUGACGAAUGCCCGUUUGCAAAAGGCCAUUAAAAGACUACAAUGAAAACGGGGUUUCAGUCAAUAAUUUCUUUGUUUAAAUAUUGACUCAUUUGUGAUAAUUAUCGAAUGACAUGGUUUAUGAGUAUAUAGAAUUAAACAUUACAUGUACAUUUGCCAGCAGGCAUUAGGUCCUCCAACUAUGUGACGCAGGACCUUAAGGCGCACGCUUGAAAUGUUAAUGGCUAAUGUUUUGAAAUGACAGUACAAGUAGUUUAGAACGAUUGUAAGAAUUAAUUGUAUUCGAACGUUGCUUAAUAACGUCAAAAGUGAUAUUUUUGCAGUAUUCCUGUCAGUAGCCUUGUCUUGCAAGCCACCGAAUCACGUCAGAUAUGACAGCGUCACUAACUGUACCAGUUGUUGACGUUCAAAAUGAUAAUUUUAAAGAACUGUGGCCUGCAAUGGUCAUUGCCAUCAAAACGUCGUCCUUCCUUGCACUGGAUACGGAGCUCAGUGGUCUUGGGAACCGGAAGUCCUUGCUUGCUGAAUCUAUAGAGGACCGCUAUAGAGCAAUAUGUCAUGCUGCUCGCUCACGUUCCAUCCUCUCACUGGGCAUUGCCUGCUACAAGAAACUUGACAAGUCCACAGACAAAUACCUGGUUCAGGUUUACAACCUCACCCUCCUGUGUUCUGAGGAAUACAUCAUCGAACCCCAAGCAGUGCAGUUCCUAGUCCAACAUGGGUUUGACUUCAACAAGCAAUACGCCCACGGAAUCCCUUACUGCAAAGGAAAUGAUAAGGGAGGAGCUGACGGUCGCGGCGUUCAUAUUCGUGCGUUAUUUACCGAACUGCUGCGUGCCAACAAGCCCCUGGUGCUCCACAACGGCCUGAUCGACAUUGUCUUUCUUUAUCAGGCUUUCUAUUCACAUGUGCCAGAGCGAUUGGCGACAUUCACCGCCGACCUUUCUGACAUGUUUCCCGCGGGCAUCUACGAUACGAAAUACAUCUCUGAUUUUGAGCUUCGACUAACAGCUUCCUACUUGGAGUACGCCUACAAGAAAUGCAAGCUUGAUAACAACCGCAUGGGGACCCCUGAAACUCCUGGGAACCAAAUACACAUCGAGUUCUGUCACUACACUGGAAACAUGUCCACCUACGUGGACUACAGGACGUGUCCGGCCGUGGUGCCCACCAAGGAAGAGAUGGAUGUCUGUGAGCGCUUCUCUGCGUUUGGCUGGUGUCCCAAUGGAACCAAGUGUCCUCAAUCCCACGACACUGACCUCAUUGUUCUCCAGGAUGAGAAAACAAAGCAGGAAAAGAGGAAGAAGAGAAAGAGAAGGAAAGAUAAGAAACAUUCAGGAGACACAGCUCCAGAUGACUCGCCUCCGAGCAAAGCCGCCUGCAUGGAAGUGGACACAGAGCAUACAGAGGACAAUGGUGCAAACAUAAGUGAAGAGAGGGAAGAAAGUAGCACCUCAAAUGGUGCUGAUGGAAACAUCAAAGAGAGUCAUGCGGAAAACAUGCCGGGGGAAGAAGCAGGUGUUUUGUGUGAGCAAAGCACAUGCGCUGAAACUACUGUCAGUGAGGCAAAGAAUCCAGACGCAACAGAAAUAUCAAAAUUGGACGGGCCCACGGCCAACUCUGCCAAGAAGGAGAGGAAGGCUGAGGGAGGAACACACAGGGCAGGGUUUGAUGCGUUCAUGACAGGAUACAUAUUCGCCUUCACAUGCGCCCAGAUCAAAAAUGAUGAGAAGGAAGAAGAGAGUGAAGAGACAUUAAUGCCUUCAUCCGUCAAUAAGGUCUACCUCAGCGGUAAAGCAGCCCCUCUGAAUAUUGUAAAAAGCACCUUUGCAAAAUCCUCUAAAGCUCACAUGGAGAAGAUGAAGAUGGUGUGGAGCCAAAACAGAAUGUGAUGUUGUCUAACGUGAACCGGGCCCUGACAUGUCCAGAGACUUAUUUUGCUUCACAUAUAAAUGUAAUGAUGCAUUUCAAUGGCUAAUACUUAUGUUUCAUUGCUGCAACCAGCUAUAUUUAGUGAUGGACAGGCUGCUAUUGUUUGUGACUUGAUCUUUUCUGAUGCAUUUAAUGCUGAUCACAGCUUGAUGUGUUUUUAUUUGACAUAAAU